CACUCUAAAAAUGGCUGGGUUAUUUUUAACCUAUAAUGGGUAAAUAUUGGACAGAACACGUGCUGGGUUAAAAAUGACCCAGUGUUGGGUUGUCAUGGGUUAUAAUAACCCAGCAGUUGAGAUAAAACAAUCUUGCUUACAGAUUCAUAAUUCAUAAAAUUUAAGUCUAAGAAAGAGUUAACACAUCAAGGUGAGUUUGACAAUGUCAUUGUCUCCACCCUCUUCUUCUGAAGCUUAUAAAGUAAACACAGAGGUCAUGUAGAGUUUGCAUUCAGUCUGCAGUAAUGGGGACCGCUGCAAUGAUUUUCGACCUGAACUCUGUGAUCCUGGCUUUGGUUCUGGGUUUUCUCCUUCUGGUUCUGUUUGAGGUGAUGAGGAUUUAUUUCACCAAAGGCCAAAAUCCACCUGGACCCACACCUUUCCCUUUUGUGGGAACUGUACCAUAUUUUAUCAAGGAUCCAAUGGGAUCUAUCAGAUCAAUGAGUCAGUAUGGAGAAUUGUCUACUAUUUACUUGGGAAGAAAACCAGCGAUAGUCUUAAAUACACUGCAGAUCAACAAGGAAGCUCUGGUGCAAGAAGGUUCAUCUUUUUCUGGAAGACCAGUUAUACCUGUUAUACAAUGGAUAACUAAAGGACUCGGUAUUUUAAUGGCGAAUGGUCACUCAUGGAAACAGCAGAGAAGGUUUGCUCUCCACACGCUCAGAAACUUCGGCCUGGGAAAGAAAUCUGUGGAAGAACGAGUGUUAGAUGAAGCCGGAUACCUGGUUGAUGAGAUGCUCAAAGAUGAAGGAACGGCAUUUAACCCAGAGCACGCCUUAUACAAUGCAGUUUCCAAUAUAAUCUGUUCCAUCAUAUUUGGAGAUCGCUUUGAAUAUGAUAACAAACGCUUUGCAUACCUUCUGAAAAUCCUCAAUGAGAACAUCGUAAUGAUAGGGUCACCUGUAGGACAGAUAUUCAACUUGGUUCCUUUCAUCAAACACUUCCCUGGACCUCACCAGAAGAUCAAUCAGAACGCCACUGAGUUACUGGAUUUCAUCCGCGAGGAAGUUAAAGAACACAGACAAAUUUUGGAUCCAGAAAGCCCACGAGACUUCACUGAUGCCUACCUGUUAGAGAUUGAGAAACAAAAGUCACACGAGGACUCAACGUUUUAUGAGGAGAACAUGGUUAGGUCAGCAGCCGAUCUCUUCGUGGCUGGAACCGACACGACUUCCACCACCAUUAGAUGGGGACUCAUCUUCUUUAUGGAAAACCCAGAUGUACAAGAGCGAUGUCAUAAGGAGAUUGUUCAGGUGUUGGGUUAUGAUCGUCUGCCCAGCAUGGAUGACCGUGACAAACUUCCAUACACAUACGCCACUGUUCAUGAGAUUCAACGCUUUGCCAACAUUGGUCCUCUCGGAGUAGCUCAUGCAACCACACAGCCAACCAAACUAAGAGGAUAUGACAUUCCCAAGGGAACUGUAAUCAUGACAAAUGCAGCAGCAAUUAUGAGUGAUAAGGAGAACUGGAAAUUUCCGAAAACUUUCAAUCCAGAGAAUUUCUUAGAUGAGAACGGACAUUUCCAGAAAUCUGAGGCGUUCAUUCCUUUCUCAAUGGGUCCGAGGGUUUGUCUUGGAGAGACCCUGGCAAGGACGGAGCUUUUCCUUUACAUUGUGUGUCUUCUACAGCGGAUUCAUUUCUCCUGGCCACCGAACUCACAGCGUCCAGAUAUGGAUGGUAUCCUGGGUCUGGUGAGAUACCCUCACCCCUACAAAACCAUUUGCCGUAGCAGAGAUACCAAAGACUGACCGUCAGUGGCCCGACCCAACACGCCAACAGAAAGAAAAGAACACUGAAAUCGUAUAGGUGUUUUUUAGUCUUUUGUGAUGGUAUCAUCACAUGUCUGGAUUACACGGCAUGUUUAAAGUGACUCAAUUCAGAUUUUUUUCUUAUGUGGCACAGAUUAGAUAUGACCCACAGACGUGUAUAUUCUGAUAUUUUUAGAUAGAUUUCAGGCUUCAUUUAUAUGUGGACAUAUAUUGGAUAUGAAUUGGAUACAUGCAUUCCCGUCUGCAAUGUAUGCGGACAGAUCGGAUAUUCCCAUCUGAAGACAUGUCCAAUGUGUUUCUGCGCAUCCACCCUGUUUGCAUUGGUUUAGGCCUUCUUGUUUAGGCCCUGUUUCUUGCUUUAUUAAAAUAAAUUGUCUGAAUCUGCUGUAUGCACUUGUGUUCUG